CCCAAAACCCUAACUAAGCAAGUACAAAACACAAGUGCGCGACACAGAGAGAGGCGCCAUGGAUUUGCAGCAGAACGAGUUCGAUCGCCUUUUGUUCUUCGAGCACGCCCGUAAAACUGCCGAAGCUGAAUACGCCAAGAACCCUCUCGAUGCCGACAACUUGACAAGAUGGGGCGGAGCUUUGUUAGAGUUGUCACAAUUUCAGACUUUUCCCGAAACUAAGAAAAUGACCGAAGAUGCUAUUUCCAAGCUGGAGGAGGCUCUUGUGGUUAAUCCCAAGAAGCAUGAUACUCUCUGGUGCCUGGGAAAUGCUCACACCUCUCAAGCAUUCUUAAUUCCUGACCGUGAUGAAGCGAAAGUUUAUUUCGAUAAGGCAGCUGAGUACUUCCAGCAAGCUGUUGAUGAGGAUCCUAGCAAUGAACUAUACCACAAAUCAUUGGAAGUGGCUGCCAAGGCUCCUGAGCUGCAUGUAGAAAUCCAUAAGCAUGGUGGCUUUGCUCAGCAGCAGUCAACUGGAUCAACUGGAGCUUCUACUUCUGCUGGUACCAAGACUCAAAAGAAAAAGAAGAGCAGUGAUCUGAAGUAUGACAUAUUUGGAUGGAUUAUUCUGGCUGUUGGCAUUGUUGCAUGGGUGGGGUUUGCGAAGUCGAACUUGCCUCCUCCUCCACCACCGCCUCCACGACGAGGGUAGUGAUUUGAGUGAGAUCUGAUGCGUUAUUUAUCGGAGAUUCCCAUUAGAAUUGGAUCAUGGCCUAUUAUUUAAUUUUUGACAGUAGCAAUGUUUUUUUCUGUAUAACCGUUUCCAUAUUCCAUCAUAUGAAGUUUUAUGAGUCUGCUAGAGUUGAUUAGCUAGCUAAAUAUGUCAGGCUCAGAUCGUUCUAUAGUAAUUCCAAAUUCAUAUUUCUACCAAGUUCUUGCAAAACCCACAUUUUUAAGGAGAGCUGUUGCAAAACCUUCGUGUUAUAGCAAUUUUAAUUUUAACUUUAUCUUAUUUUUUA